AUGAUUUUAAGUGGAAGGUUCAGCUGUGGAGCUCAAUUCACCUGGUGUGGAAGUGAAAGUGUGGCUCUGUGCAUGCACAUCCAGAAAACCCACAUGGGGAAAACACCAAAAAGAAAAGUUCUCCAGAUUUAAACAUGUCUUGAAAUGAGUGAUCAUUUAGAAGAAAACUAUACUGAGAAAAGCAAUUCUGCCCAUGAGGAACCUGCAGAAGCAUAUGCCACUCCUGCUGAAGAUUGUCAAAUAGCACAGAAGCAACUGCAACAAAUAGAGCGGCAACUAAAAUGCUUAGCAUUUCAAAACCCAGGACCUCAAGUAGCUGACUUCAACCCUGAAACUAGAGAGCAGAAGAAGAAAGAGCGCAUGGCAAAGAUGAACCAAGAUUUUUUUUAUAAACACAAAACUAUGAAGAAGUAUGACAAACAUGGCAGGCUGCUUUGUAAUAACAUGGAUUUGUGUGACUGCCUGGAGAAGAACUGUCUGGGUUGCUUCUAUCCGUGCCCUAAAUGCAAUUCGAACAAAUGUGGACCAGCGUGUCGCUGUAAUAGAAAAUGGGUUUAUGACAGAAUUGAGACUGAAGCUGGUGAAGUGAUCAGCAUGUUACCAUUUUUUGUCCCUGAAUGA